CUUCCGGUAAAAUGGAAGAAGAAAGCCAGAGAGAAGAUGUAAGAAAAUUAAGAUCAAACGUUUCUUUAGUGAAGUCAACCGAUGAUGAAAAUUCUAAUUCUAAUGACGGGAAAAAUGAUGAGUCGUCGAGUAAACAUCUAAAGAUGCUAAAGUUUAGGAAUCCAGGGAAGUUUAUGGAAGACUUUGAUCCAGAGAGAAGUGCUCGAGAGAUGAGGAAAAUGAAUAGGAGGAUAUACAGAGAAAACAUUAAAAAGAACCAGGUAUACGAUGAGAACGGGAUCCUGUUGGAGAACAGCCAGGACUUGUGUGAUUGUCUAGAUGUUUCCUGUAAAGGGUGCCACUUUCCCUGCCCUAAAUGUGGCUCCCAAAAAUGUGGCACCGAGUGUCGAUGUGGAAGAAAGUGGAUUUACGAACAUGUGGAAGUGGAGGGCACAAACCUCAUUCUGAAAUGGCCGACAACGGAGAACAAAUGGUGAUACUGGUUGUUGGCCUGACACUGUUCAUUCAGUUAACAAUGUCAAAGUAAACUAAAGGCAGCAUUCUUCACAUUGAUUUCAUAUGUAUUGUCAGAGUUAUCUGGCAUCACAAAGCUCAAUUUUACAGAAGAGACAAAGAGUGGUUAUAACUUUGUUAAAACUUUUGUAUGGUGUGUCUCAAAAGUUUGAAAGAAAUGUACAUUUUGAAAGUGUGGUCAUUAUGUCAUAUUCAUUAUGUUAUUAUUUUCCUCACAAAAUUGAAAAAGACAACACUAAUUAUUCAUGGAAUGUCUUUAUUGUGGAAUUGGAUUACAUGUAUUAUAGAUUUGUACAGAAAGUGAAUUUCACAUAUUACUGAGUAUUCUACAAGAAAUUGCAUUCAUUACAAUAUUAUUUCAGAACAUAAUGCCUGUACAUGCAUUUGAUGCAAGAACAUUUGUAACAAGAAAAAAUUAUUCACAUUUGAUAAAGUUGAUGAUAUAUCUUUUUUCUUGCAAAUAUGGUUAAGGCAUGAACUACACUGGAAUCAUAAGAACUUUCAUUAUCAUUGUUGAUUACA